AUGUUUGCCAGAUCCGCCAUCUGCUCAGCCUGUAAGCGACCGAUGAUACCUCGGCCCUUAAGACAGGCGCAGAUUCAGUACCUACACGCAUCGCCAGCAUUGGCACUCCCUCGUCGGCGAGACUUCUUCACGUCGAAUGCUCAACUAGCGCAAACGCAGCCCUCCACGGACGACGCAUCUUCGGAGAACCCAGAACUGCAGAAACAACGGAGACGUAGUGCGAGAGUACCAGCGGCGCCCACGUCCCUUCGACGAGUUGCAGUGGAGGCGCAAAGAUCGAGAGAUGGAUUUCUCUCCAAGGCCCAGCUCAAGGAGCAGGGCAUCCAUCAAACUAAGAUAAUUACCGCCUACGCCGUGGCCGAGCAGUUUAACAUACGCAAAGUUCGAGACAUACUGCAGGAGAAGGGAUACGAGCCCGAUCCACUGGAAACCGGACUUUUCCCUCAGGUGGUACAUGUCCAGAUACCAAUUGACUCUAGAAGACGCGUCGGGAACCCAUCCACCGCAGAUUUGUCCUCUGACGAAGUAGGCGAUGUCUUCGUGUUCCCAUCUGGUACAGUGGUGGCAUGGGCGCUACCCGAAGGCUUCACUUCUUUUCUGGCCACGAGAACCCUCCUUCCUGCAGCAGAGGGGGUCCAUGUGGACGAAAUUGAAACCGAAGAUCUAGAGUUUGUGGAGGACCCGAAGCGGGAAAACAGCAGCAUCAAGGGAGAUACGAUUAUCUUGGGCGUGAAAACUGGAGAUGGAGGUCCAAGAGUACCACUUGCAGCGCAACAGUCAAUUGAUACUGUCUUGACUAAGGUUGCAUUCUCGUCGGGGCUUGCUCGAAGUACAAAGUUGGCAGUUCUUGAAAGUCUUCUGUCAAAUUACUUCGAGUCAACCCGCACAAUCCCAACUCUCCUGUCAAAGGGCUCUCGUUUGCCAUACACGCGCGACUUCAUCCUUCGAAAGACCGGACAGCUGCUUAGUGUGCGCGCGCAACUCAAUCUCUAUUCUGAGCUUACCGACUCUCUUCCGGAUAUUUUCUGGGAUAGUCGACAUGAGCUUGGGUUAGAGGGAUAUUAUGAACAAGUUGGCAGAGCCUUGGACGUGGGCAUCCGCAUCAAACUUUUGAACGAAAAGAUGGACUAUGCUCAAGAGAUCGCCAGCGUUCUCAGAGAGCGACUUAGUGAGACCCACGGCCUUCGACUUGAAUGGAUCAUUAUCCUACUCAUUGCCGUCGAAGUGGGAUUCGAGGUCUUGCGACUUUGGAAAGAGCGAGUGCAUGAGAAGGAAGAAAAGGCUCGGAAACAGGCGACUUCGAUCUCCUGA